AGGGGGGAAAAGAAGGAAGAGGAACACAUGCAUAGCUAAUUUGUCGAAGGGACACAAAAGUAACGAACGGUUACUACAAUUCUAAUAUAAUUGUAGGGAAAAAAGACUUUUUCUUGUUUUGACCUUCUCUCCUCCCCUAUUCAUGAGUCUACCUUGAUCCAAAAAAAGGUGGUAAAAGCAAAAAAAAAUUGUGCAAGGAGGAGACAAGUGUGAGAGAGAGUAGGCGUUAGGCCGUAAGCGGAGGAAGAAGAAGAGGAAAAUAUGCACCCGUUGAAUGCGGUGGCAGUGGUUCGAAUGGCAACGACCGUGCCACACCUGGGGGCAGAAAUAGCAUUUGGGACGGUAUCAUGGUUCGUUUACGCAGGUAUCUCAUGUCUUUUAGUUCUCUUCGCGGGAAUAAUGUCCGGAUUGACAUUAGGCCUCAUGUCUUUGGGUCUCGUGGAACUUGAGAUCCUUCAACGAAGUGGCACCCCCUCUGAGAAAAACCAAGCAGCUACAAUCCUUCCUGUUGUUCAGAAGCAGCAUCAGCUUCUUGUGACACUACUUCUGUGUAAUGCUGCUGCAAUGGAGGCCCUGCCUCUAUACCUUGAUAAGCUUUUCAACCAAUAUCUGGCAAUUAUACUAUCAGUAACUUUCGUUUUGUUUUUUGGAGAGGUUAUUCCUCAAGCAAUAUGCACUAGAUAUGGCCUUGCAGUAGGUUCUAACUUUGUUUGGCUUGUUCGUAUUCUGAUGUUCCUAUGCUAUCCUAUUGCUUAUCCCAUCGGGAAGAUCCUAGACUGUGUAUUGGGACACAAUGAAGUACUAUUUAGACGAGCUCAGUUAAAAGCCCUUGUUUCUAUCCACAGCCGAGAGGCUGGCAAGGGAGGUGACCUGACACAUGAUGAGACAACAAUCAUUAGUGGAGCACUGGAUUUGACCGAGAAGACUGCUGAGGAGGCUAUGACACCCAUUGAGUCAACAUUUUCAUUGGAUGUCAAUUCAAAGCUGGACUGGGAGGCUAUGGGAAAAGUUCUUGCACGGGGUCAUAGCCGUGUUCCUGUCUAUUCUGGAAAUCCAAAGAAUGUUAUUGGACUUCUACUGGUAAAAAGUCUUCUUACAGUAAGGGCGGAGACAGAGACACCAGUUAGUGCAGUGUCUAUACGCAGAAUUCCACGUGUUCCUGCUGAUAUGCCGCUAUAUGACAUACUAAACGAGUUUCAAAAAGGGAGCAGUCAUAUGGCUGCGGUGGUGAAGCCUAAAGGGAAAAGCAAAAAGCCUCCGUCUGUAGUUGAGGAACGGAAAUCUGAAGACAACAGUGAAACUGCUCCUCUUCUGAUGAAAAAGGAUGGGAAGUCAGAUAAUGUGGUCGUUGAUAUUGAGAAGGGUAUAGUACCAACAUCCGGUGAUGCAGUGACAAAUAGUGUGCCUCAUUCAUCAGAUGAUAUUGAGGAUGCUGAAGUAAUAGGUAUUAUCACCUUGGAAGAUGUAUUUGAAGAACUGUUACAGGAGGAAAUUGUGGAUGAGACCGAUGAGUAUGUUGAUGUACAUAAAAGGAUACGUGUGGCUGCAGCAGCUGCUGCUUCAUCAGUAGCACGAGCACCAUCAAUCCGGAGGUUGACAGCCCAAAAGGCAGCUGGAGGCCAAAGUAAACAAGGACAAGCACCUAAGAAGUCGAUUGAGGACAUUUCUAGCUCAAGAAGGAUACCAGAGAGCAUUGAAGAGCCUCUACUUGAGGACAAGAGAUAAAACGGUUUGCUGAAAUCCAGCAGGCCUUUCAGAGUCUCUAAAUUUUUUGAGAGCGCAGAGUCUAAUGUUUUUGCAAUUCAAAGGUAGGGGUGAGGUCUGCCUACAUCUUACUCUCUCCAGACCCCACUUGUGGGAAUACAGUGGGCAUGUUGUUGUUGUUGUUGAUUUGUGACUUUGUGGGAACAUAUUCUUUUAUGCAAAACUUCCCCAUUGUUCAUAAAA